AUGGUACUUCACAACCCUAAUAACUGGCAUUGGGUGACCAAAGAUGUCACUGCCUGGACGAAACAAUGGCUUGAGGACAACCUUGACCAAGUUAGUGCCCAAAAAGGCGACGUAGAAGUCAAGAUCAUCGAAGUUGAGAGCGUAGAGGGCGAAGCCGAAGUCUACCAGAGGAAAGGCAAGGUCAAAACGGUCUUUGACUUGGAACUCACCCUAAGAUUCACUGGAUCCGCCCCCGAUGCGGAGAAAGUAUCCGGCACAAUCAAGUUCCCUGAAGUCCAGCCGGAUAUCGAAGAUUAUACGUUCGAGGUAAAACUCGAAGAUGCCGUUUCAAAGGAGAACGAGCCCGUGAAGGAGCUUGUCAGCAGCCAGCUCGUGAAAGAGCUGGAACAGAAGAUUAAGCUGAUCACGUCUGUCCUUAUCGAAGAGCACGGCAAGGAUAUUCAACAUGCCCCCGGUUCGAAUCCUUCUAGCGGAUUUUCGACCCCGAAGAUUCACCCUCAAACUUCUUCACCCAAGCCCACAGAGCAUCCCAGUGCUCCCACGAGCACCUCUGGUAUUGUCAACACAACAACGGUUACGGAUAAAGAAGAGUUUCGAACCACGGCCGACGAGAUGUAUCAAACGUUUGUUGACCCUCAGCGGCUUGCGGCCUUCACCCGCUCCCCUCCAAAGGUUUUCGAGGGCGCCAACAAGGGUGGAAAGUUCGAAUUGUUUGGCGGAAACGUCUCUGGGGAAUACCUCGAGCUUGAACCAGGAAAGAAGAUUGUCCAGAGCUGGCGUCUUAGCCAAUGGCCUGCUGGCCACUUCUCCAACCUCCAUAUCGAGUUUGACCAAAAUAAUGUUGACCACGUUACAGUGAUGCGUGUGCAGUGGAAAGGCGUACCGGUCGGCCAGGAGGAAGUGACCAAGAGGAACUGGCUGGAGUACUACGUAAAGAGCAUCAAACAAACCUUUGGAUUCGGUACCAUUCUGUAA